UUCCCUCUCUCUCUCUGUCUGUACAGAGAAAAUUCAAAAACUCUUGUCUGCACCGGCGCAUGAAGUCUACUUCGUUCCCUCUCUCUGUCAGCACAGAGAAAAUUCAAAGCUCUUGUCUAGACUGGCGCAUGAGUCUACUCCGUUCCCUCUCUCUCUCUCUCUCUCUCUCUCUCUGUCUGCACAGAGAAAAUUCAAAACUCUUAGUAUGCGCCGGCGCAUGAGACCUUUGUCUCACCGACAGUGAACCCCACCUGUCAGUGAGACGUAGGUGUUGAAUAUCGCAAACAUGUAUUAUAUGUAUACUUUCCUCUCCCUCCCUCUCUCACACACAUACACAAAAGUACUCUUGCCUCUCUGCGGACCUUCUCAUCUGUGACUGUGAGUAUGGCAGGAAGGCUUAUGCACGCGGUUCAGUACUUUGGCUAUGGUGGAGGACCUUCUGGUUUGAAGUAUGUUGAAGUUCCAGUUCCCAUUCCAAAGAAGGAUGAGCUCUUGCUAAAACUGGAAGCAACUAGUAUAAAUCCAUUUGAUUGCAGAAUUCAGAAAGGCGUGCUGCGGCCUUUUUUGCCUCGCAAGUUCCCUCACAUACCUGGUACUGAUGUGGCAGGAGAGGUUGUAGAGGUUGGAUCAGGAGUCAAAAGUUUCAAAGCUGGUGACAAAGUUGUAGCUACGAUUUACCAUUCCGAUGGAGGUGGAUUAGCUGAGUUCGCUGUGACCAAGGAGAGGCUGACAGUUUCUAGGCCAGCUGAAGUUUCAGCAGCUGAAGCUGCAGGCUUACCGAUCGCUGGUCUUACAGCUCACCAGGUUCUCACCCAAGAUGCUGGGAUCAACCUUGAUGGAAGUGGCCCACAGAAAAACAUUCUGAUUACCGCUGCCUCAGGUGGUGUGGGUCACUAUGCUGUUCAACUUGCAAAGCUUGGAAACACUCACGUGACUGCUACUUGUGGGGCCCGCAACAUUGACUUUGUCAAGAGCUUGGGGGCUGAUGAGGUUCUAGACUACAAGACUCCAGAUGGGGCAGCUCUGAAGAGUCCAUCUGGUAAGAAGUAUGAUGCCGUGAUCCACUGUGCAAGAGACAUUCCUUGGUCAACCUUUGAGCCUAAUUUGAGUGCAAAUGGGAAGGUCUUUGAUUUAACUCCAGGACCUGGUGCCAUGAUGACGUUUGCUGUAAAGAAACUUACCUUCUCAAAGAAGCAGCUAUUGCCAGUAUUAUUAAUUGCCAAGGGUGAGAACCUGGAUUAUCUUGUUAAAUUGGUGAAGGAAGGUAAACUUAAGACUGUGAUUGACUCAAAACAUUCCCUGAGCAAGGCUGAAGAUGCUUGGGCUAAGAGUAUUGACGGCCAUGCUACUGGGAAGAUCAUCGUGGAACCAUGAGCCCAUAACUAAGUAUAAUAUGCUUGGAAUUCUUGAAUUUGUUUGUACUAAAAUCAGGCUUUUUUUAAAGGUCGCGUACAUAAAAGAAAACAAGAUACGUGCAGUUGAAAGGGGUUACUUGCCCCCAAUUGAUUUUGUGAAUUCUGUGUUAGCGAAGUAUGAUGAAAUGCCUCUUACAUUUGAAGGCAUUAAUGUGUAGUUCCGUGCAUAUGUAUGGACAUAGUUGUCAAAAUGUGAAUCAUAUCGUGAAUCGAUUUUUAA